CUGCAGGCUGAGCCAGGCGGGCGGGGGGAGGGACGAAGGCCAAGUGGAGUCCGCGCGGCCGCGAAGGGGAACGAAUAAAUACCGGAGCCCGGCCGCCGCAGCGGGAUAGAACUGUUGGAAGAAGAAGAAGUGGUGGCGCGAUGAGGGUUUAACACGAGGAGGCGGCGGGCCGGCAGCGGGAAGCGCUUUGUCCGGCCCCCCUGUCAGCGGGGGCCCGUGGCUUGGUCUCGGGCCUAGUCUUUGGGAGAAUGAGCGCCGUCUGAGGCGAUUUAUUUUCCUCUGCCAUCUUCACUGGGUCGUGACUCUUAUUGUUUGUUCGAAGCGGGGAGAUCGGCGGCCGAUCGCCUGCUCCUGCCGCGCUGCGCCGCGGCCAUGGCGGACACCCGGCGGCGGGUGAAGGUGUACACGCUCAACGAGGAUCGGCAGUGGGACGAUCGUGGUACCGGGCACGUCUCGUCCAGCUAUGUGGAGCGCCUGAAGGGAAUGUCGCUGUUGGUACGGGCCGAGUCUGACGGUUCUCUUCUCCUUGAAUCAAAAAUAAAUCCUAAUACAGCUUAUCAAAAACAACAGGAUACUUUGAUUGUGUGGUCAGAAGCGGAAAACUAUGACUUGGCCCUCAGCUUUCAAGAAAAGGCAGGCUGUGAUGAAAUAUGGGAAAAGAUAUGCCAGGUUCAAGGUAAGGAUCCCUCAGUGGACAUCACACAGGACCUCGUAGACGAGUCUGAAGAGGAGCGUUUCGAUGACAUGUCAUCUCCUGGUUUGGAGCUUCCACCCUGUGAGUUGAGCAGGCUGGAAGAGCUGGCAGAGCUGGUUGCUGCGUCGCUGCCCUCACCUCUGCGGCGGGAAAAGCUUGCACUUGCACUGGAAAACGAGGGCUACAUUAAAAAACUCUUGGAACUUUUUCACGUGUGUGAGGACUUGGAAAAUGUUGAAGGACUACACCACUUGUAUGAAAUAAUCAAGGGGAUUUUCCUUUUGAACAGAACUGCACUUUUUGAAGUAAUGUUUUCAGAAGAAUGUAUAAUGGACGUAAUAGGAUGCCUAGAAUAUGACCCUUCUAUAUCCCUGCCAAGAAAACACAGAGAAUUCCUGACAAAGACAGCUAAAUUUAAAGAAGUGAUUCCCAUAUCUGAUCCAGAACUUAAACAGAAAAUCCAUCAGACGUACAGAGUGCAGUACAUACAGGAUAUGGUUCUACCUACUCCCUCUGUAUUUGAGGAAAACAUGUUAUCAACACUUCACUCCUUCAUCUUUUUUAAUAAAGUUGAAAUAGUUGGUAUGCUUCAGGAAGAUGAGAAGUUCCUGACAGAACUUUUUGCACAGUUAACGGACGAUAGCACAGAUGAUGACAAAAGACAGGAACUGGUGAAUUUUCUGAAAGAAUUUUGUGCAUUUUCUCAAACUUUGCAACCUCAAAACAGAGAUUCGUUCUUCAAGACAUUAUCAAAUAUGGGCAUCUUGCCAGCCCUGGAGGUCAUUUUGGGUAUGGAUGACGUUCAGGUUCGAAGUGCAGCCACUGACAUAUUUUCCUAUUUGGUUGAGUAUAAUCCCUCCAUGGUACGAGAGUUUGUCAUGCAGGAAGCUCAACAAAAUGAUGAUGAUAUCCUCCUCAUUAAUCUCAUCAUUGAACAUAUGAUUUGUGAUCCAGAUCCUGAGCUUGGUGGUGCAGUCCAACUUAUGGGACUACUCCGCACUCUGGUUGACCCUGAGAACAUGUUGGCCACGGCCAAUAAAACAGAGAAGACUGAAUUCCUCAGUUUCUUUUACAAACACUGCAUGCAUGUCCUGACUGCCCCCUUGCUGGCGAAUACCACUGAGGAGAAGCCCAGCAAAGGUGAGCCAUCUCCGUAUAAUGAUGACUUCCAGACAGCCCAGCUUUUAGCCUUAAUUUUGGAAUUGCUCACCUUCUGCGUGGAGCAUCACACCUAUCAUAUUAAAAACUAUAUUAUAAACAAGGACAUUUUACGGAGAGUGCUUGUACUCAUGGGCUCAAAGCAUGCCUUUGUGGCCUUGUGUGCACUUCGCUUCAUGAGAAAAAUAAUUGGUUUGAAAGAUGAGUUCUACAAUCGCUACAUAAUGAAAGCUUUUCUCUUUGAAGCUGUGGUGAAGGCAUUUCUGAACAAUGGGACCCGCUAUAACUUGCUAAAUUCGGCAAUUAUUGAAAUGUUUGAAUUUAUCAGAGUGGAAGAUAUCAAGUCCCUAACAGCUCAUGUCAUAGAAAAUUACUGGAAAGCCCUUGAAGACGUGGAUUAUGUGCAGACAUUCAAAGGGUUGAAAUUACGUUAUGAGCAACAAAGGGAAAGACAGGAUAAUCCAAAACUUGACAGUAUGCGUUCCAUCUUGCGAAAUAACAGGUACCGAAGAGAUGCCCGCACCCUGGAGGAAGAGGAGGAGAUGUGGUUCAACACUGAUGAGGACGAAUUGGAAGAUGGAGAGCCAGUACUAUUACCUUCUGAUAAGUCAAAAAAUGAUGACGAAAUUAUGGAUCAUUUCGGCAAAUUUAUGGAGAGGAAAAAAUUGAAGGAUGGAGAUGAGAAGGAGGUCCUAACAAAGAGCACUCUGACAGGAAGACAGAGCCCCAGUUUCAAGCUCUCCUUCUCCAGUACCAGCAGUGGCAGCAGCAAGUCCAGCCUCACUAGCCAGUCAGCCUCAAGCAAUUCACCUGGGUCUCCAGGCUCUCCGGGGUCUCCUGGCUCUCCUGGAACAAUCGCCAAAAGCACACCACACAUGGCAGCUAUUACAACCAAGGGUGGUCUAAUCGGUCUUGUAGAUUACCCAGAUGACGAUGAUGAGGAGGAGGAGGAGGAGGAGGAAGAUGGUGAGGAGAAAGAGCAGUCAGCACCUUUGACAAAGAAGUCCAGGCUUGGAUCUUAAUGAUGAUCCCUUUCAACCUUGCCCAGUGACUCUUACUGACCUGCAAAAAUCACCGGACUCAAAGACAAAAAAAGUGUCUGGACCAUUGCCUCUCACAGAUAAAUGUACACAUGGAAUUCUGCUGAUCAAGUGCCAAUCCAUUGAAACGGGAAAGGAUGCAAAAACAAAACAUCAGAACAAAGGAAUUUGGACUUGUUCUUACCCAUGUGUGUCCAGGCUUUGACCUUGCUCUACCCCCUUUCUCAGGGAAGGAUGAAACAAAAACAGCAGCUUAUGAGGGUGGAGAGAUCUUUGUUUUAGAGUGCUAUGAAAACUAGCACGUCUGACUGAUUUUGGUUGAGUCUGUAACGGUGUGUUGGGUAGGUCUUUGGGAGCCUGGGAGAGCAUGGUGUUAUCUAGCAGUAAUUUCUCCCUGGAGUGCCAGCAGUUUUUCUCAUUGUUCAGAGACUUCCCUUUAUGUUGUGUAUUCAGGACAUCGUUGAUCCUGAUGAAAGAAGGCAUUUUAAAGGAACCUCUCUGGGGAGGGCUAGGAGUACACAAAUUUUCUCUUUUUAACCUGUGAUCUUUACAACUGCAUAAUUUUUUGAGGAAUCCCCUUCAUCCCUUCUGACUAAAAAGUGAAUGGAAUUUCUAGAUGUGAUCAUUUUUGUUUCAUAUCUUACAUUUUCUUCAAUUUUUUUCUUGAGUGUACACUUAGUUGUUUAAGUAUAUUUGGGACCAUUAAAAAAUUCUUUGAUGUAAUGUAUUUCUACCUGUUGUAUGGAACCAUUUAAUGCGUGUAUUUGUGGCGUGCUGAUUUUUGCAUUAAUUGACAUUAAGUUGUGAAGGAUGGUUGGUCUUCUAAAAAGACCAGUAUAUGCCAAUGUUUUGAUGGUCUCAGGUAUAUUUUUUAUUCGUUGAAAUGGAUGUAAAAUUGGCAUUUAACAAGUAUAGAAUUGUAGUAAAUGGCUGAUUUUUGGA